AGCAGUCAGACCUGUCACUCUGGGUGUGCAAAGCGAAACCUAGUAACAGAUUCUUUGAGCAUGCGUUCAGUAACAAGUUUCCAUAGCAUUCUGUGCUCUGUGCCUUGCACACCUGCUGCUUCCGUACUCCUUUCCACUACACUACGCUUGAUGUCCAGGAGGAACUAACCAUCCAACAAUCUAUUUGGAUCUGACCAUCUAUAACCAGGAGAGGACAACUGUAAUCAUGGUGAACUACAGGUUUCUGUCCAGCAGUAAGUCCUCCUUUAUUAUUAUUAUUAUUACUGGUGUUUAUAUAGCGCCAGCAUAUUCCGUAGCGCUUUACAAUAUUAUCAAAGGGGGAGAUUUAACACUAAAUGAGACAAUUACAAAAACUUACAGGAACAAUAGGUUGAAAAGGGGACUGCUCAAACGAGCUUACAGUCUAUAAAAAGUCUAUAUAAACUGCUUUCUACCUGGGGAUUAGUAAUAACUCUUUGCAGCUUCAUGUAUGGAGUUGUGUUUACUGUUAGGACUUGGGUGAUCCAAAAUUUAACUUUUAAUCCAUUAAUGAUCAAAUGUUGCACUUUGCCGUCAUCACAUGUUUGUACCCUAAAGACGCAAGGCCAACAAUAAAUGCUCUGUCGAUUUAACAUCUGCAGCUCUGUCCUGCCCUGUCUUUGCAAAUGAUUGUGUCAUUUCAUUUUAGAAUAUAUUUCUUUAAAAAAAAUUGUUAUGGCGACAGUCUUUUUGUUGUUGUAUUUUUAUCUGUAAUACUUGCAUUGAAUACGACUUUAAGUGCACUACUUUUAGUAUUUGGCAAAUUCUUGGGAGGGGUUUUACAAUGACCCUGGCAAUUCUCUACUUUUAAAAAUGAAAGAUAAAAGUGCUAAACAGGCAUUCAAAAGGAGAAAACAAAAUGGGUAAAACUGUCUCCUUAAGGAAUGAAUAUGCAGGUAUGUAUGAUAUAUUUAUAAACACAAUAAUGUACAAAUAUAUUCGAUGAUGAAGCUACACACUUAAGUGCUAGGGCCCCCGAAGGUAAUCAGCACAAAUAGAAAUAGAAGGUAUAAGUGGAGCGCAUAAGUGGAUAAUAAUCACAAACCCAUGGUGCAAAUAAAGUGAACAUAUAAAAAUAAAUACUAAAUGUUGCUCGGAUAGGGUUGCAUGUAGAGUCAUAUAUAAAAAAAAUCAAAAAAGCAAAUAAUAGUGUAGUAUGUAUAGCAAAUGUACAAAUAUUUAAAAGAUAUGUAAUAACAAUUUAUUAUUCCAAAGAAAAAUAAAAAACAAAUAAAAGGAACAACUGUGCAUCUGCUUACAGCAAGCAUGUCCAACUAGCGGUCCGUGGGCCGCAUGCGGCCCACAAUGGACAUCUUGGCUGCCCGGCGAUCUGCGAGUGCAUGCUUAGUGUUAAAGCAGUGUCAGUGAGUGUGUGUGUGUGUGUCAGUGAAUGAGUGUGUGUCUGUCUGUGUGUGUGUGUGUGUGUGUGUGUGUGUGUCGGUCAGUGAGUUAGUGUGUGUGUUGGUCAGUGUUGCAUUGACUGCAACAGGAUAGUGGAGUACCUGGAGGUACAUGGAGGCACGCAAUGCCACGUCACAUUUCAACAUGACAUCGACGUGCUCCACCUUCACCAGGUUUCAAGAAGUAGCAGAAGGAUCCGAUUUGGCAAAGGGUGCAGACGGUGCCAUUUGGGGUAUACCAGAGGCCAGACUCCGGAGCCGCAUACUGGCAGCGGCAAUGUGAAUGGAGUCUGCUUGUUGGCUAAAGUGGGAUACUGGGAUUUAGUAGAGGGUAGGUCUGGGAUUUAGUAGAGGGGGGUGCUGUGGUUUAGUAGAGGUGGAUGCUGGAGGUUUUUUUUUCUGUACUUUUCAAAAUAAACCUACGUUUCUAUGAAAAUGUAAGGUUUAUUUUUUUUUGCGGCCCACAUAAAUCAAACCUUAUUUAUGUGGCCCAUGCUAGACUUUGGCAUGCUUGGCUUACAGGAUGAAAGAAAGUGAGCAUAUGUGUGCCCUCUCUGCUCCUCGGUCAGCAAGCAGCUUAAUUUAAUAAACUCCCAGUGGAAGGUUCGGGGGAUUCAAGCUCCACCCACAGCGUGACGUCAGUGCGUUGUGCGUCUACGCGUUUCAUCUUCCAGCUCUGUCAGGAUGUCGGUGAGUAUCGGACUCAAGCUCUGCUCUGUCUGACAUCAUCACAGGGGGCCCAGUCGCGCUGUUAAAGCACCCAGCGCUGACCGGGCCCCCCUUAAAAUCCAUAUCCCUGACAGCAUGGGCCACCCAAUGGACACCUUCAUGUGCGGCCCCGGUAGGCAGCGAGUACCCAGUAGCAGGGGUCCGCAGGGUGGCCGGGCCCCCUUGACUGACGGGCCCGGUCGCAGUUGCGACCGCAGUAUGUACACCAGUGUAUGUGUAUCAGUGAGGGCGUGUGUAUUGACAGGAAAGGGGGGUGUCGAAUUUAGUUUAGGGGGUGCCUGAGUUUACCCAUGCAUAGGACAGCACAAAACCAAAAUACACCACUUGACAAUGUAAUAGUUAAGUUGUUAUUUUACAUUAGGCAGUGGCUUCUCAAAGCAGCUAUCUCUGUAAACUGAAAAAUCCCUUUCAUUGUUAGCCACUCGGCACACUACCACCUCCUCCUCCUUGUUGCAGCAGUAUAAAUCACAGUGUACAGCUAAAGUGCAAGCUUUGUGUAUGCUGAGAAUUGAGAGUAGCCAGCCCAGACAGAGUGAUUAAAGACAAUGGGUGUAAUGUAUCUCUGAUCUGGAGACAAUGGGUGUAAAGCAGCGUCUUCUGGCUUUGAGGGUGGGGGAGGGGGGAGUGAGGAGUUUAUCCUCUCCUGCCCAUACUGAGCAUACUCAGAUUGAUGGUUCCUACCGCAGUUUUUGCUGCUCUGUCUACUGUAAAUGGAGCUUCUUCCCAUCUCCUGUUUUACAUCCAGCGGUGGGCUUCAGGCAAUAUUAAAUCCUGGCAAGAGUGGGAGGUUCUGGUUGAGAGAGCAUCCAGACACAUAGCCGUAGACAAAGUACAUAGUUAUCUAAAGUAGGAAGUAGUCUAGCAUUAAUACCCUUCCACUUUUAGACAGUCAUUCAUUUCUGUGAAAUGUUGUGCUUAAAAUGAUUUGUCUGACCUGAAUUUGUUAUGAUAAAUAGUAAACCAGCUUAAUCUAAAACUGUGGCCAUAUAUAUAUUAUAUUUUUUUAUGGGGAGUGGGUGGUUGAGGCUCCACACACAUAUACACCCACAUUAUUCAUUCGUGUAAGUUUUAUUACUGUGAAGCCCUGUUAAACUCUCAUAUACAUUACAUCUUAACUUGAGAUGUAUUGCUGUGGAGCUCUGGGUUAUACACUCUUUGCGUACACAAUAAGACCACAGGCAGUGGGUGCCAGGCAGAACUUAGUGAUUCCCUUUAUCGAUCGCCAUACAAAGAAGGUCAUACAACUUCCGAUGUCGUUUCAAAAACAGCAACAAAGACACGUUUCACCAGAGCUCACUGAGGGAGCCUAAGACAAUGCCAUUUAGAUGAUACAUGUUUGACCUGAAGGCCCACAUGAGAUGAAAGCUAUGUGAGCUGCUCUGGAGAAGGGGUACACCAAGCAAGAUCCGCCAGCAGAACAAAAUGGACAGGGCUAUUCACUAACGUGAGAAUUCAAGGUGAAUUCAAAGUGAACUUCAUAAUUAAGGCCACCAUUGCCAAGCUGAGAAUUUUUCAGUUUUGGUUAUUUUUACCUGAAAUUUUAGUAAAUAACCCUGGGAAUAUUACAAAGCCAGGGUUAGAGGGUACCAGAUUGUAAACACCCACUAAAUACAGUGUCCACCAGCUGGAAACAGCAUCCUUAUACACUCCACAGGCAGCCAGAGAGGACAUGCAGUGUGACACAGGAGAAUCGUAUCUGAGACACACUUUCUUUUCUACUCUGCUAAAUAUAAUUCAUUAUUGUAAAGAUGUUUUUUUUUUUGUAUAAACAAUCAAUAGGUGUGUGUUUUGCUUGUGUGUGUGUUUUUGUUUGUGCGUGCUCACCAAACACAAUAAAACAGGAUUACAUCUGAAACACAAUGCCAGUCUGUGCUGAUUUGCAUGUCAAGCAGGGAACUCUGAGAUAGUUGUGAAAACAUGAUUUCUAAAGUUUUUUUUUUCCAAAGUCCAACUUGAGAUAUGCACCUGAUGCACAAUUGUAAUUUAUAUAUGUAUGACCAAAACUGGUAUUGUGUAAAACUAUUUUAGGACUGCAGCAUGUGAUAUCAUUUUCCUUUAAGACUUUAAUGAAUGUUAUCUUUCAUUCACGUGUAGAAAGGCAGGAAGUCAGUACAGGUUUCCAGGUUCGAGAACUUGUUCAAUAAUCUAUACUAAACCUGUCAUUAACGGGGAGAUUUCCACUACAGACUAUUUCACCAGAGUGGUGUCCUCAUUGCAGUAAAUUCAGUUACAUGAUCAUGUAACAAAAUGAAUACAUUUAAUUUGCUAUAAUUUUUUGCAACUUCAAGCUAAACACCAACAUUUGUAAACAUAAGCUACUCCUUAAUAUUUGACAUCAUUACAAUUAACGAUGGACAAGUUUGAUAAUGUAAUCACUUCAACCACAAAACCUCCCAUCUUAUCUAUCUUAUUAAACACUCAUUAUUUCGACUCACCCUUCCCUGUCUCAUGCCACCAACAAGCGUAACUAAAGAAUAAAAGAAGUGCAAAGUUCAUCAAGUAAUAUAAAUAUAUAUAAAGCAUCUCUACUAAAUCGUGCAUACAGAUGGGCUUCCCUUGAGGUCUCUUCUUAACAAACCCUCUGCUCUACAUACAUUCUCCUUUAAUGCAUUCAAACUCUUGCACUGUGUAUUCAAACCUUUACAAAUACACUGUCAGUCUCAAUCCCCCACAGUGGCAUGCCCCCUUCUCUGCCCCUUCACUACGUUUUAAGGUUCCUUCUUUCUAAACAGUUUUAUCUUCUGCAAACCUCUUCUUGCACCUUGAACUCCGUUCUUUCACAAUGCCUUUAUCACAAUUCAAAAGUCCAGUGGUAAUCCUUGUAAAAACAAGCAUCUAAUGUAGAUUAAGCAAAUUUGUGAAAUGGCAAAUAAACUUAUUGCUAAAAUAUAGACUAAUUGCAACAAAAUAGAUGACAGUAAAUUUAUAACCAAUAAGCAAGCGCAAAAACAAUAAUAGACCUAUAAAACAAUCAAUAAAAUAGAAUAUAAAGUGAUAAAGCAGCUAUACACAACCGAAACUCCUCCAAAUCAGAAAUCAGUGUAAGCACUUAGUGGAUACACCUAUAAAAACAAUGAUCAACGGUGCCCUAAAAUAUGCAUCAAAAAUCAAAGAUAAAGUUCUGAUUUAAAAUCACUUAAAUAUAAAGUGUCCGUGGGGUGCUCUGUAAUGAGGGUGGUCUGCUACAGUCCCGAUUCAGUGUCACAAGAUAUCCAUUUUCUCCAGUAACUGAAAAUUUUGCCAAGUACCAUAAAAGUUACAUAGGAAUUCCAUAUAGUAUAACACUGUUAUUUAUUCAGUAUGCCCCCUUCUCUAUUAGGAACCCUAACAUUAACAUAUUGUGCUGCUUGUUUCCAAGGACCAUGAUAAAAUAUAUAUGUGAACAGUAGCUGGGUAGUGUUACCACUCUGUUCCUUCAUAUUGUGGGACCGGUCUUCUGGCAGAAGCCGAAUCAAGAAGCUCUCCGCCUGGAAGAACGCUAAAGCCACAAGCCGUUAUAUUGCCCACACGUGUAUGUAUACUGAGCCGUUUGCACUUCAACGCGUUUCGCCCGCUAUUAUCUGGCCUUUUCAAGAUAGUGGUUAGGUAUCUUUAAAAAGCCCGAUAAUAGCGUUGAAUUGCAAAUGACUACGUAACCAAGCAUGUGUGGGCAGUAUAACGGCUUGUGGCUUUGGCUGUCUUCCGGGCGUUGAGCCUCUUGAUUCUGGCAGAUUUGAAGUCCUAUGCCACUAGCCAGGCCUUAAAAAUUACUUGCCACUUCAAGCCAUAGUAUGAUCUCCUGGGGUGAAUUUCUACGCGCCAGGGAUAACAUUUUCACUUGCCAUUGGGAAUUGUAAACCUGGAAGUCGAGUAAAGUAAAAGUUAUAGUUUACACAGGGCCACUAUGUGAUAGAGAUUUAUCUGUGGUCCACAGAGGGCAGUUAGUGGUCAUUCUAUACAGGACAGGAAGGUGGCUUCCUAUAGCUUUCUUAUACUGUAUGUGAUACACACAUUUCCUAUUUGGACAAGCAAUCCUUGUUACAGAUGCCAGCUUAUAGAUACAUUACUUUUUUGUAUUGAUUUCUGAACAGAACCAGUAUGUUCUUUGUUGUCCGUCCUCCAAAGUUUUCUGUCGUGUACUCAUGAAUGUGUACCUGAAAUAAGAGAUACAAAUAUAUUUCCAAUAAUUCUGAAGAUUACAAUAUUUCUGAAUAAGAUUUUGCUGUACUCUGAGGAGAUUGGAAGGUUAACUUAGGACACUUUCAAUAAAUACUUGCCGGUGUGGUAUGCUUGGACACACUUUCUGUUUGGGCUGGGCAACCUGGUUAGCAACUCAGUUGUGUUUCCAUUAGUCAUGGGGAGCGGGGCCUUUCUUUCCUUGUUACUCCAUUAGUUGUUCCUAUUUUUCUAUAUAUUUUUUCUCCUUCUAAACUGUUACACCCAUAUUAUUUUUAGCUACAUUGUGGGUCUAUGCCUAAUCCACUUUUUUUUACAUUGCUGUUUUUGAGAUUACAGAUUGUCAUCUAAUACUAGUGUGUUUAGAUUUUCCUUUUUCUUCAUGUAUAUACUGUCUUUCAGAUCUGUUAAAAAUUUUAAAUUAAAGGUUCAGCCCUAAUCAAUUUCCUGAGUGGGAUGGACCAAGGUUUGUGCUCUGUGCAAGGGUUAUAGUUACGCUUUAACUUAAAAUAUGUUUCAAGCUAUAAUCCCAGCAUAUUACUUUAAUUGCCAUGAAUCAUUUAUUGCAGCGUUUCCCAAACCAGUCCUGAAGACCCACUAACAGUCCAUGUUUUGUUAGUAUCUCCAUUGGAAUAAAACAGGGAACAUACAUAAAUCCUGGACUUUUGGUGGGCUACGAGGACUGGUUUGGGAACCACUGAUUUAUUGCAUUUAUAAUAAAUGGCCAAAAGAAUGUUCAUACCUCAUAAGUGUAUUUUCAACCAUGCUUGUUACUUACAUGUACACAAACCAAAGCACACGGGCAUUUAAUUUCCCAGCCAAUAAUAAUGUGUAUGUACAAAGUGAAGUACAUACAUAGAGGUUUUGUCAAGAUUGGGGUGGUAGAAUUCACAUGAGCUGUUUGGAAUCCUGACUGCAAAUCCAUUAAACACUUUUAUUGUGAAUGUGGACUUUGAGUGAGGCCUAAUCACCAAUCAUCGGUGUCUGCCAUAUAUUAAUGUAGCUACAUCUAGUGGGGUACCUUCCUAGAAGACUGGAGGCAGUUAUGGCAUUAGAACGGAGGAGGGAUGUUAAUGUCCAUGAUUUUGAAAAGUGGUAAUCAGCAUAAUUUUGGCCUUGUGGUUUAGCUGUUAUUAAAUGAAAAAAAAAUUCUGUGCUAUAUUAGAAUAUUUUUUUUUCUGUCAUUCUUUGUUUUUAAUAGAGAGAUAUUAUCUAAGCACAAGAGUCAUAUUGAGAGUAUUAUUAUUAUUAUUUCCACUUAUAUACAAACCGAUUCGGUAGCGCUUUACAAUAUUAUAAGAGGGGGGAUUUAACUAAAAAUAGGACAAUUACAAAAAACGUACAAGAACGAUAAGUUGAAGAGGAUCCUGCUCAAACGAGCUUACAGUCUAUAGGAGGUGGGGUAUAAACAUAGUGUACACAUGCCUAGUGGAACAUAAGUGAAAAAGGAGAGCAUUUUUGGUUUGGUAGCCAUAUGAAAAUAGACUCCUAAGAGAAUCUGCUACAUAUAUUUUUUUAAGAAAUAAGGAUCAUGCUGGAUAACAUAUGCUAGCUAUCCUGACUGGUCUAGUCAAAGCAUAAAAGUUAAACUGUGAUGCCAAAGGCAAUUAUCUAGCCAUAAGAAACAUUAGUAAGUGAUGCUACAUAGCACACUAGGUAGCAAGAACUACUUAUGUCAUAUAAGUGAGACACAUGGUAAUACAAUGAGCUCUAGACCUGAUGAUUACCAUAAAAAUAUAGGUGCUUGAUAUCAUGCUAGCUGAAAUUGCUUGGAUUGUAUCCUCUGGGAUGUGGUAAAACAUUAUAACACUCUACCACAGUAAUAAAGGAAGAAGCUAAUAGGACAAAAAAUGAAAAUAAGUUGGUUGCCAGAUAGUUGUACAAAGAAUGUUUUAAGCUUUCAUAGAGUAAAAUAUGGACUCUCAGCAUGUUUAGCUGAUUCCCACAAGCGGCAAUGCUGUUUCACGUUCAAGGAAGACUCUGCGCCAGAGCAGGAUGCCCCCCAAUCCCAGGCCUGUGUGAGAGUCGGCAUGGAUGCGCAAAAGACUCGAACACUUCUAGUGGCUAAGUUUAUCCUCAUCUGGGGGAGGACAGAGGGUUUAAAUGGUAGUAGUCGCUGCUUCGGGUAAUCUUCCAUCCGUGUGGGUGAUGCGAAGAGACCAAGCCUCAGGUGGCUCUCGGCCUAUGCAGGCAUGAAGGUGGAGGUUGCGUCUUCUUAAUAUUUUCACCCUGUGGGGGCCUUAUCAUAACUGGCUGCAUGUCUCCCUGGUUCCCCUUCACCAUAAUAGGCUGGUGCAAAUUAUGGAAUCGCAUUGCAAUUCCAGAUUUUGCACCAGAAGCGCCGCAGAACCCCAUCAAGCCAUGACAGGAAGGAAGCAGUGGAGCUGUGACGAGAUCUCCGAGACCUCCGAGUGAAACAUGUGAAGUUGCAGGAAGGGCAUCCGCCAUUGUGGAGUUUCAAUAAGUGGGCCAGUAGUAGGGUAAACCUUCCGGAGAGGUGUCAUAUAACUUGUCCAGGAAUCCUUGACCUGAGAUGCAUGCAGGAUGCAAUGUGGUAGCAAGAUGGCUUGGAUAGACACCAUAUAUUCAGCCAAAUAUGCAGGAGCUCACGCACCAUGUGUCUGGACAGGUUGAAGGUCAGGCUCUGCCACCCUUAGCAUUUCCUUAUUAUAUUUAAAUCUUCUUUAAACUAAAGUGUGUAAGCCUUGUCCUUCAAAUAAAGUUAUUAUGGCACAUAUGUCCCAACAACAUUUUUAAUGAAAACAGAGGGACAAUUUAAUUUGGGUGUGUGUCAGGCUGAUUUCUAAACAUAUUUAUUAUAGUUUAAAGACACAUCACUGUGAGUAAGUUUUUGCUGUGGAGCUCUGUUAUUUACUCAGACACACCAAAAAUAUGGAGCACCUAUAAAAGAGGUAGUGAAGGAUAGUGAAGAGGGACAGAGGGAUUUCAGCCAAAAAUAGGGACUGUCCCUCCUAAAUAGGGAUUAUUGGGAGGUAUAUGGUAGAAAUAAAGGUUGCAUUAGAAUUUCAAAUUAAUUUUCAUAAUAUUCACCAUAAUGAGUUACCCUAUUUAAAUGGACUUCCAGUCUUCUAGGAAGGCACUCCACUAAAUGUAGCUACAUUAAUAUAUGGCAGACACAGAUGAUAGAUGAUUAGGCGUCACUAAUCAACAACAUAAACUGAUUUUUUUAAUUGUCGUUUUAAAAAACAUUAGGAACCAUAUUACCUUCUACCUACCUUCUCUGAAUAUUAUAUGCGUUCCAGCUCCCCACACCCCUCUGUAACCUCAGGUCUACUUCUACCAUUAUAAUUAUAACAUCUACUACAAAACAAUACAAUAAAGAAAGACAUUACAAGAUGUUACAAUAAGGAAAUAAAGAAAAGAAACGCUCCCUAAUGCACUUUAAUGGCAUAAUUAAAUAACCCACCAUAAAAGGUGAUAUUUUUUCACCAUUUGAAACAUUCCAGGAUAUCUGCUUUUCACGUUUUAUAAGCAAACAUACAUUUAAUAGCUGUCAAUGAUUAACUAUUUUUUUGCAUAUCCUUUUCAUAUGUAACAAUGUAACUCCAUUAUGUGUGAUAAUGUUUCUUAUGAGGUUUUUUUUUUUUGGGUCAUUCUAAGUAUCAUAAUUUUGCAUGAUUGCAGAGCUAGUAUUUAAUAGCUGUACAUUACUUAUGGUGCCGACCACCGUUAAAGGGACACUAUAGUCACCUGAACAACUUUAGCUUAAUGAAGCAGUUUUGGUGUAUAGAACAUGCCCUUGCAGCCUCACUGCUCAAUCCUCUGCCAUUUAGGAGUUAAAUCCCUUUGUUUAUGAACCCUAGUCACACCUCCCUGCAUGUGACUUGCACAGCCUUCCAUAAACACUUCCUGUAAAGAGAGCCCUAUUUAGGCUUUCUUUAUUGCAAGUUCUGUUUAAUUAAGAUUUUCUUAUCCCCUGCUAUGUUAAUAGCUUGCUAGACCCUGCAAGAGCCUCCUGUAUGUGAUUAAAGUUCAAUUUAGAGAUUGAGAUACAAUUAUUUAAGGUAAAUUACAUCUGUUUGAAAGGGAAACCAGUUUUUUUUUUCAUGCAGGCUCUGUCAAUCAUAGCCAGGGGAGGUGUGGCUAGGGCUGCAUAAACAGAAACAAAGUGAUUUAACUCCUAAAUGACAGUGAAUUGAGCAGUGAGACUGCAGGGGGAAUGAUCUAUACACUAAAACUGCUUUAUUUAGCUAAAGUAAUUUAGGUGACUAUAGUGUUCCUUUAAAUGUUUACUGUUCUGCAAACUGGAACUUAUGUCAAAAAUAAGGUGAGCUUUUUUGCUUAUAUUAUCACUAAAUUGACAACUAAAUAGUUUUGUUUAGCGACCUUCUAUGACUUUGGUAGUUACCUACCUGACCCUGCCUCAACUUACUUUUAGCAGCUUUUACCUGGAUUUCCAGAUAAAUUCACUGAGCUCUAAUUUCUGGACUGUGUGGCCUGGUGUGCGCUGUGAUUAGGGAAAGUGACCAAUCUCCUGUCCAGCCGUAACAUGUAUUCCUCCACUCUGGACUGUUGGAGGUUAUCCCAGUAGGCCUGUAUUACAGACAUCUGUUCAGCAGAGGAAUUUAAGUUUCUUGGAGGCAUAUGACACUCUGUGCCUACAAUUCUGAGACACUCUUCACCAGUGCAAGAGCUCCUUCACAUUACCUACUGUUGUAGCAACUACGUUCAGCAGAGUCUCCUUCCUGGGCCUUAAAAGACCACUAUAGUGCCAGGAAAACAAACUCAUUUUCCUGGCACUAUAGUGCCCUGAGGAAGAGGAAGGGGUUAAACACUUACCUUUAUCCAGCACUGGGCUCCCUCAGCGCUGGGGACUCUCCUCCCUCUUUUGCUGAAUGCGCAUGCGCGGCAAGAGCCGUGUGUGCAUUCUGUCAGUCCAUAGGAAAGCAUUCUCAAAGCUUUCCUAUGGACUCUGGCGUCUUCUCACUGUGAAAAUCACAGUGAGAAGCGCAGAAGAAAAUGAGACAGCCAGUUGAGGCUGAAUUAACCCAAAUGUAAACAUAGCAGUUCCUCUGAAACUACUAUGUUUACAGCUGCAGGGUUAACCCUAGAUUCAUUGAGCUGAAGUGGUCUGGGUGCCUAUAGUGGUCCUUUAAGCCAUGAGGGUUCGUUGUUCCCUGCUGUCACCAACACAUAUGUCAAAUGGGUGGGGUGUCAAAUGAUCUUCCUGAAGACAUUGACUUGUGCACUGCAGUGGUUAAGGACUGUGAGUCAAGACUUUAGCCAAAGAUUCCAGAGUAAUGGUGUAGGGAGGGGGGGGGGGAGGGGCUCAUUGUGACUCUCUGGUUCAACAUUCUCUGCAAACCUAUAUUAUUAUACUAUAAACCACCUUUGUUGGAUGCUUUCCUCAAGACUAGGAAUUGGCUAAGUUUAGCUUCAUCCUACCUUGGAUCAAGCUUUCCUGUCUGAAGAUGAAUUGGCUAAGUUUAGCUUCAUCCUACCUUGGAUCAAGCUUUCCUGUCUGAAGACUUUAAUAUCUGGUGGUCUUACCUGUGAUUGUUAUCACUGUGAAUAUUGAUGAUUGUUUCCUUAUGUUUUGUAACAGAAAUAAAGUUAGUGACUAAUAAAAUACACAAAACAAUGAUUCAAAUACAGAUUCUUUUUUUGUGUCCCCUCACAUUAACACUGAAAAAUAUAACAUAUAAAACCAAAAAAAGUGAUGUGAUAUAAAAAACCACCUCCUACUUAAAUGUGAAUCACUUAUAACAUAAAAUAUAAUGACAGGGAAAUAACCUGCUUACACAAACAGGUUAAGAAUAUCCACUGGGUAUAUUAUUUAUGUUUUGUGUUCCACGCACUGUUUAUUUCACCUGUUUAUUUUAUUAUUAGUUUUUUUUUUAAAUGAGCAGAUUUCUCAUUCUUUACCUGUUCUAAGCAUAUAUGUAUGCAAAUAUUGAACAGAUACAUUCAUACAUAUAUCUGCCCAAUUUCCACCAGUUGCAAGACACUCAAGAGGUAUGGCCGUUAUAACUUUCUAUCAAAAAGACUCUGUAAUUAGGCCCAUCAUAAUCGUUAGCACCAGGCCCAAUAAGCUCUUAGUAUUGCCUUAUCCCUUACUUGCCAGAUUCCAUAGGGAAUUAUUGUAAUCUGCAUAUAUAAUGCCUAUAGAAAUAGUUUAUGGAUUAGAUGUAUCUAAAUGUAGAAUACUAAUACCAUAUAUAUAUAUAUAUUUAAUAUAGGAUGUUUUCAUUUGUUAACGUCUCGUUUCCUCUUUGUACUUAGAUGAAGUAGGUGUGACAGGUGCUGUGGUUUGCCAUUUAAUUAAUCCCUGUGGGAGAUGUUAGAGAAACAGCCUUUUAUAAUCAGCCUAUAAACAUUCCAAUUUGUAUCAUGCCAGCUGCUGAUAAUUGUUAAUGAUAGUUACGAGCAUUUUAGGAAUUACAGACUUGAUGCUAAAUUAAUCUAGAUGAAUGCUACAAGCAUGGGGAAUUUACUGGGUAGAGGGGAACACCUUGACAAGGAAAUCUUAGCUCACAUCACCUCUUAUUCAUAAUAGCUGUAGUGAUUUCCUGAAAAGCUCAAUAUCUUUCUUAUUUUUAAUUCAAUAGCAGGAUAGAACGUAAUGGAAGACUUCUAAUAUUAAACAUUCUCUGCAAGCUAAACAUGGUACUGGCAAUCUCAAUGUCGUAACUGCCAAAGGUUGUUCUUUAAAAGUAUGACACCUAAAUGGCAUCAAUAAUACACUAUAUGGACAAAAAUAUUAGAAUCCUUAAUUAUUGAAUUCAGGUGUUUCAAAAAGACCUAUUUUCAAAGUGAUAAAAAAAUCAAGCACCUAGCCAUCCAGUCUGCAUUUACAAAUAUUUGGGAAAAAAUGGGUUGUUGCUCAGUGAAUUAAAGCAUGAUACUGUGAUAGGAUACAAUCUUUGUAAUAAGUCAAUUUAUAGAAUUUUAUCCCUACUAGAUAUUCAAAGGUCAACUGUAAAUGGUAUUAUUGCAAAGUGGAAGUGUUUUGGAACAGCAGCAACUCAGCCACGAAGCGGAAGACCACAUAAAGUCACAGAGAGGGGUCACUCAGUGUUGAGGUGCAUGGUGCAUAAAAGUCACCAACACUCUGCUGAUUCCAUAGCUAAAGAGUUCCAAACUACCACUGGAAUUAAUAACAGCUAAAGAGUUCCAAACUUCCACUGGCAUUAAUAACAGGACAAUAACCAUGCUGCAGCAGUUUUGUGGAAUGGGUUUCCAUGGCCGAGCAGCUCCAUGCAAGUUUCCCAUCACCAAGUAUAAUGCCAAGUGUUGGAUCGAGUGGUGUAAUAUAUGCCACCACUGGACUCUGGAACAGUGUAAACAUGUUCUGUGGAGUGACAAAUCAUCCUUCUCUGUUUGGCAGUCUGAUGGGUGAGUCUGGCGCCUGCCAGGAGGAUGUUACCUGCCUGACUGCAUUGUGCCAACUCUAAAGUUUGGUGGAGGAGGGAUAAUGGUAUGGGGCUGUUUUUCAGGGUUUGAGCUAGUCCCUUUACUUCCAGACAACACUACGCUUCCAACUUUGUGGGAAUAGUUCGGGGAAGGUUUUUUUCUAUUCCACCAUGACUGUGCCCUAGUGAACAAAGCAAGGUCCUUAACCCCUUAAGGACCAAACUUCUGGAAUAAAAGGGAUUAAUGACAUGUCACACAUGUCAUGUGUCCUUAAGGGGUUUUAAAGACAUGGUUGGAUGCAUUUGGUGUGAAAGAACUCAACUGGCCCACACAGAGCCCUGCCCUCAAUCAUAUUGAACACCUUUGGGAUGAACUUAAAUGGAGAUUGCAAGCCAGGCCUUCUUGUCCAAUAUCAGUGCCUGAUCUCACAAAUGCUCUACUGAGUGAAUGGGAAAAACUGUGGUGGGGGGUAAGUACAUAUUAUUAUCUAUGUAUGUAUAUUGUAUUAUCAUAAAAGUCUCUGUUGGUGUAAUGGUCAGGUGUCCCGACACCUUUGCCCAAUGUAGGAGCACGUUAGACCAUGUCUAUAUAAAGUAUAAGUUAGUGGUGUUAAAAUUAUUGAUGCAUUUAGCGAGAUUAAACAUCAUAUUACAAUGUAAAAUAUUGCAGUAACUCACACACGCCACAUUCAUACCAUUUUCAUAGAAAGUAUAACUAUUGUCUGACCGCUUCAAUGACGGGCACAAGAUUCUAGGCAUAGUACAGACUGUCAUGACUUGCUCUUGGACUUUGUAUGCAUCUGUGUGUAGCUGUUAUUUAAACUAGAAAGUCCGGAUUAACUUCCUUCUUGGAUUCAGUCCACUUAUAUUGUUCUCAUUCUAGAAAUUGGUCUUAGUAUUGCAAGAGUGCUCAUCCGGAAAGUUGAGAACACUACCUAAUUUUUUUAGAGAGGUGACCCUUGGCUGUACAACAUAUGACCAAAGGCAGAUCCCCAUUUAUUGUAGAACUACAUCUGCCAUAAUGAUAUUCCAGUCUUAAAGGAACAAACUGAAGUGUGGUUUGGACUCAAAUUCAUGCUUUAUUUUUCUCCCUGUUGAAAUUUAUUCAGUUUUGUUUAAAAAUAAAGGGGUUUUUUUAUUUUAUGUUUUUGCUUCAUCAUAACUCCACCCCUUUAGCCAAGCCUCCCCUUUUCACAAAUCUGUUCCUGAUUGUAAUGAAUGCCUUGUAGCUCAGCCAGUAAGAGAUCAGUGUGAACUAAGUUGCUAACUUGGCUCCGCCUCACAGUCAAUCACUGCCCUUAUCAGUACAAUAUUUUACUAAGGAGAAAGGUGGUAGAUAAUAUGCAGUGAUUGGCUGUGGGGACGAGUCAUGUCAGUAGCUCAUUUCACACUGACCUCUCAUUGGCACCUAGUGACAAUGGCGACUGAGGACUCCUUUGACGUUUGGCAACCUCUCCUCAGUAGGGGGUUACACUGGGUCAUUAAGAUUCAUCUCUAUUUACUGUAUAUUCAUGGCUAUAUUUCUUUGAUAUAGGAGCAUCCCCAAACAUCUGCAGCUUCUGGUCCUUUAAAGGAAAUUAUAUGUGCACUGGUUUGUGCAACUUUGCAUCUUGUAGUGUUGCCUUCAUUUCUUUCACUAUUUGGCACAUGGUUUAUCAUGUUUUGAGGAGCUGGGUGUAAGGUUAGCAGCACAGUAAAUUGGUAAUUAUAGUUUUAUUAUUAAGUACUGCAGUGACCCCACCUCUGUCUUAAUGUUGUCUAGCCAGUUGAGCUAUGUACAAAAGAGGAGUGGUGGCUAAAAGGGUAAGCUUAUGCUGAAGAAUCCACCAGUACAACAAUUAAAAUAUUUUUUUUACAUAAUGCUUACUACAUGGCUAAGAUAUUCACCUCAGCAGCUGUAUUACUUGGGGGUUUAAUGUGUAAUUAACAACAUUAUUACAACUGUUAUCAGGGCUGGAUUAAGAGCCCAGUGGGCCUGGUGCUGACAAUUAUGAUGGGCCUAAUUACAGAAUCUCAUCGACAGAAAACACUAAAACAAUUAAACCUCGCAAGCGUCAUGUAUAUGGUAGAGGUGGUGCUGGAUGGGAUAUAGCACAGGAUAUAGCGAUCAGAAAACACAUACCAUAUGCUAAUCUCUCUUUUUAUCUUUCAAGUAAAUCCAUAAACCCUAACAGUGUCCAGUAAAGUUGGAUUUUAGUGAGCGGGGUAAAAGUGUGGGCCACUGAUGUGAAUCACGUAACCAGAACCAUCCAAAGAGACAAACAUGCUUCAAUAAGAGGGCGUGUCUGCACGACAAAUUAGAUGGUCAGCCUGGCGUGAAUGCACGUCAGCCUGCCUGCCAAUCAUUCAGGAUGACCAACCAAGGGCAUACUAUGCAGACAGCAUAAACGCUUCUAAUGAUGAGCUAGCUCUAUGCCUGCUAAGGGCUAUCCUCUAGCACUCACUGGUCCACUCCUCUCCUUAACUUGUUACUAGCAGGCAGAAGUUCUGUUAAACGGUCUGGGACAGAGAAAAAGUGUAUUUAGUGAGUAGAGAAGAAAGGGAACAUGCCACAGAGUUAGAGAGACUGAAGCAGCAAGAACAUUUGCAUCGUGCGUAAAGUUAGUUUUACCCUAACUAAUUGCAUUGUCAGCCAGUCCACACAAGUUUUGUUCCCAUACAUCCCUCUAAAGUUUCCCCUUUUUUUUCUUUCGCAAUAACUGGACCUAUUCCAUAGGCAUGGGCCUGGAGCUGCAGCUCCAUCAGCUGUUAUGUUAAUCUGCCCCUGACUGUUAUGCUACUGUGGGCCGGACUGGGAGUAAAACUAGGCCCAGUAAUUUCAUGGCGAAUUGCUUUUGCUAAAGCUGGAUCCAGUGGCGGCUCUAGACUUUGCUAGAGCCGCCCCCCACUAACACCCAUAGUGAAAAAAAAACAGAGGUUGUAUUACGUGUGUAUAAAGAGUUGUAGUUAUAUUGGAGGGUGGGAUUGCAGUGCUGGAUACAAAGAGCUUGCAGCAGUGCUGGACUGGCAAAAAAAUUGGGCCCGGGCAAAGUGUUUCAUUAAUCCACUUGUGCUGCAUGGUAUUUGUUCUGACCAGCACAAGAGGGUUAAGGACACACUUGCGCUGUGUUUGCUUGUCUCUAGUGUCUCAAUAAGUGGGAUUUCAGAGGACAAAAGGGCCAGGAAAGAGUAUUGUGCGUAUGUUUGGAGGUUUCUUGUGGCUUUGUGUGUGUGUAGAGUAAGCUGAUUGUAGUGUAUUUGUGUAAAUACAUCAGUUUCAGUUGUUUUGUGUUUGUGGUGUAAUGUGUCUGACUAGGGGUUUUAGUGUAGUGUGUAGGUGACAUAUGACGUGUGUAGAAGCUGUAGAGUCCGUGUUUAGGAAUCUUAGUGUGUGUUUUUGCAUAUAAGGAAUCCAAUGUGUGCAUAGGGUAUCUAGUGUGUUGAUAGGAGAUGCAGAAUGCGUGUAUAAGAGAUGUAGUGUCUGAAGGGCAUGCAGUGUAUAUGAGGCAUGCAGUGUGUAUGAAGGUUGCAGUGUGUAUGAGGGGUACAGUAUGUGAGAGGUGCAGUGUGUGAGGGGUGCAGUGUUUGUGUGCGGAUCACAGGAUGUGUAGAUGUGCAGUCUGUGUAAGGACUGCAGUGUGUGUAAGGGGUGCAGUGUCAGUGUUUGGGGUGCAAUGUGUUUGUGAAAGGUACCGUGUGUGUUUGUGAGAGGUGUAGUGUAUGUGGAAGGUGUGUAGUGUGUGGGUGAGAAAUGCAGUGUGUGUGGGUUGCAGUGUUGUGUCUGAGGACUGAAGUGUGUGUGAGGAGUGUAGUGAAUGUGUGUGGGGUGCAGUGCCUGAAGAGUGUAGUGGUAGUGUGUGUGUGAGGGGGGCAGUGUGUGCGUGAGAGGGCUGAAGUGUGUGUGAGGGGAGCGGUGUUUGUAAGGGAGGCAGUGUGUGUGUGAGGAGUGCACUGUGUGUGUGAGGGGCAGAGUGUGUGGGGUGCAGUGUUGUGUCUGAGGGGUGCCGUGUGUGAGGGAUGUAGUGUGUGUGUGUGUGUGUGUGUGGAGGGGGUGCAGUGUUGUCUCUGAGGGGUGCAGUGUCUGAGGAGUGUAGUGUGUGUGGGGAGUGUAGUGUUUGCGAGGGGUGCAUUGUGUGCGUGUGACAUACAUACAUACAGACACACAUACAUACACACAUACAUACAUAGAGACACACACACAGACACAUACAUACACAGACACAGACAGACACACAUACACAAGACACACAUACAUACAAAGACAUACAGACAGACACACACAUACAUACAAGGGGGGUGUUGGCUACACUCACCUGAACAUGCAUAAAUGGGAGUGCUGCUGGGGGCCAAAUUAUACAAUACACAAGAUCCAGCACACUCACCUGUCCACUAAACAGCAACUUCAAUAUUGAAAGAUUUUUUAUUUAUUUUUAAAUAAUGGGGGUUUAGUUACAUGAUAUGAUCAUACAUUGCAUAAGCCUGCCACAACGUUAAUGUGCCCCAUCUUUGGCAGGUCCUACACUAACAUCCUAAUGUCUGCUCUUAUGAGAUUAACCCACUUACUUGGGGAAAAAUAUCCAUAUGGGGCUCUAUGCAGUACAAGGCUAAAUAGGGCCCUGGGAUGAGGCACCUGUGACAGGGAAGGGUGCAGAACCAAGGAGUUGGCUAGACUCCCAAAUAUAUAAUAUGAAACAAGGGGGGGUUGGCUGCACUCACCUGAACAUGCAAAAAUGGGGGUGCUAAUGGGGGCCAAAUUAUACAAUACACAAGAUCCAGCGCACUCACCUAUCCACUAAACAGCAACUUCAAUGCUGAAAGAUUUUAUUUGUUUUUUUAAAAAUACCUAAUCUAGGCAAAAAUAAUGGGGGUUUAGUUACGUUAUAUGAUCAUACAUUGCAAGCCUACACACAUACAUACAAACAGACAGGCACACAUACAUACAGUACAGGGUGCUUAUUGAAGUAAAUCAAUAAUCAAUACUGGACUCAGUGGAAAUAGCAAAUCUUAAGUGAAAACAAAUAUAAAAUAAUCCUUAAAUAGUCCUGAAAUGUAUCAGCUAGUCAGAACUAGCGAACUAUUGAAAAAUUUAUACAACACACAACAAUAUAAAAGACUAAUGAUAACAAAUUUAAAAACAGUCCCACAUGAGAGAGAUAUGGUAUACUGGGUCAAGUAGACCGAGGGUCCAGAGAUGUAGGUUACACUCUCAUGCCGGCUGGACAGAGGUGAAGGUGGAUUUCCUCGUGCUAUACUGACACCGUGUAUUCGCCGCGUGCAUUCCACUGCGGCUGCUGGAUGCGUUCCAAACGCUCUCUCUCAGGAGCUGACUGUGCCGGUUUGAAGAUGCCGCCUUACGCGUUUUGUGAUUCCAAAUCACUUCAUCAGAGGAUGGUAUCUGGGAGUCUUCAAUCUAUUAUAUACUCUCUUACUCUAAUCAUAUUCCAAUUAACCCUUAAUUGACCAAAGCACAACGGGCAAAUAGAAAUAUAGAUUUAAAUUCAAAGUGACAAUCAAUAAAUAGAUAAAAUACAAUCAAAUCCAUAAUUAAUAGAACAUAUAAUGAUAAUGCAUUAUAAACAUACUUGAUUUCUACAUAUAUUAAUCAAAAAGUAACAUCAGAUUUAUUAGUUGAUUGAAGGAAUUGGUUGUUGAGAAUCUUCGUAGCAAUGGAUGCAUUGGAACAUUAAAUGCAAACUAAAUGUUACAAAGUAAAAAUAAUAAUUAAGUUCAUCUGUAUGACAUAAAGUUAGAUACUUGCAACAAAAAGAAACAUAGCAUGGUAAAAAGCUGGUGUAAUGAGUUGAUACAUGUAGUAUUCUUACAAACCAUCUGAGAAAUAAGAUGAGAUAAGUAAUAUUAGGCUAUUUUAGAUGUUAUACCUAUUGGAAUAAAUCAUCCCUUUUUUUUCAUUCAUUAAGUCCUGAGAGUGCAUCUCUUCAUUUCUGUUUAUAUAUCUUCAACGUGGGAUUGCACCUAGGCCAAAUUGAAUUUUAAACAUGAAAGGGUGAGUGCCAAGUAAUACUCUUUGAGUAUAUAUAUAUAUAUAUAUAUAUAUAUAUAUAUAUAUAUAUAUAUAUAUAUAAUCUGUGAGUGCAAAUAUAUAUAUAUAUAUGCACUCACAGAUAAAAAUAAAAUACACACUCACAGACACAUAUUUAAAGACAUACAUGCCCUGGCACAUAUUUGCAGACACACCUUCAUAGAUAUGAGCAUAAAGGAACACACAUUGACAAGUACACACAUACACAUAAAUAGCAAAACCUUUGAGUGAUGGCAAAAUACUAAUGGAAAUUGGGCAAUAUGUGUUCACCUGUAUCUGCAUUUCUGUAAAAGGCGGUCGUCUAUUACCAUGACAUAUGCACAGACGUUAUUCGGCAUGUGCAAACUACACUUAAAUAAUACACGGACACUGAAUAUUCUGUUGGAGUAUAACAUCCACAGCUUUAUUAAUUAUUCAAAUAUUUAAAUUAACAAUUUAGGGUCAUUGUCAACAGUAAUAACUUUGUUCCGCUCCGUCCCCCAAAAUACCCCUGACAAUGACCCUACCAAAGAACAAUACGUACAUUAUAAAUAAUACAUAACAAAUAACACUCGGCCUACCAAAGAGGCCCCACCACAUUUGUCCACCUGCAGGGGUGUACCCAGACACCCCUACACCCCUUGGUUCGUAGCCACCGACGGGCUCGAACCUACCAAACACUUUAACUCUGGCCUACUCCAGCCUAGACCUUGGCCUAACACUUUCCUAACCCCCAAAAUUCCUGUUUAACCAAGCCCUUUUUCCCCGCCGCUGUGACCAAACGGGAACCAAACCAAAAUCUAUAUGAAGGGAGGGUGGGAGGGACAACUCACAGGUAAGGGCAGCUCAAGUUAAAAUGGCUUAAACUUGAGAUGGCUGCUAUUUAACAGGCUGACACUCCUCCCCACUUAGCAACAUAAACCACACCCCUUGACCUACAAUUCACCUGCCAACUUUCUGGCCCUGUCAAGGCCCACUCCCCCCCUGCGUUGCUCCGUGGGCUUCAUUAUUUCAACUUCCUCUUAAAACCUUGCAUUUCUUUGCAUAGUAAACAAAGCAUUUGUUAUAAUGAUCAUAUUCAUGUAAGUUCAUGUAUUGUCUCUCCAUGGUCAUGUGGUUGAAUGUUGACUUCUGUAGCAAGGGCAUGCACUUCAAAAAAGGGCUGGGUUUACAUGUCAGGUGAAUUCUAAUUCUAAAGUGUCCCCUUCUCCCCCCUUCCCCUCUCCCCACCUAAAAAACAAACAAACAAAAAACACAGAUAAAGUGAGUGUAAUGGAUUUAUUAACUGGACAUUAAAAAAAAUAAUUUAAAAAAAUGUAUUAAAAUUUGACAACCGAAUUUGAAUGUAUGUAUGUAUUUAAUGCAUAGUCCUGUUUGUAAUGUAUUGUGUUUGUAAAUGUGAAUAUAGUGAGUGUAUGCAGCUGUGUAAAUUCCCGCAGAGUUAAAGCUGUUUAUGGUUAAGGUCAGAGAACGGUUAAUUUUAGGUUAGUGUGGAAAGAAAAGUGAGCUCUACGAUGCAGGCUUUUUAAGGGAAUAACCCUUGGUAAGAAGUGUUUUGUUAAAUUUAGAACAUUGCCUACAGAUAUAGACACCAAUGAAAAUAAGAAAUGAAAUUUUGAACUUGUUUUUUAUUAUUAUAUUUAAAAGAAAGAUAAAGCUAUAAGUAUCACACAGUGAGAAAAAGGUACUAUCGUGCUAAUUGUAUAUAAAUCGAUAGACCCUAUGGGGAAAAAGAAAAAGAAAAAAGAGAGAAAUAUAUGUAUGUUUCUAGAUUCUAGUUUACUUCAGUUGUGUUGUCAAUCAGCCAAACUAACGGUAAAGGUUAGCAAUAAAUGUAUCUUGUACUUGCUACUUAGAAAAAAAAUGCAAAAUGUAGCAAAGAACAUGUGCAAUCAAGGAUAGUGACAGAAGUAACUGGUUAAACUAGAGUAUCAGCAGGAAAAACAUAUACUGUAUUAGAUAGUCCUUAAUGUAUUAACCUGAAUGCUAUGGAACUCUCAAGGUUUAGCUUGAUUAUUGAUACAAGAAUACUAAACUAUGCCAUCGUGGGCACCCAAUUAAUAGCAGGUAAGCUGAAUGAUUAUUACUGGAGUACUAAACGGUGCCUUCGUGGGCAUUUAACUUGUAGCAGGUACUGGCUGUGCAGCCCAUGUGAAUAUCUAUGUUGUGCCUUCAAGGGCACCUAUUAUCUGUUGUUAUAAGUAUCUCAGACCCAGUACAGUUGAUGCUAUCCUAAGCUCGAACUGCAUACCUAACUGCAUACCUAAAACAAGAUAGCUUGACGUGUAGCUUAGUAAUUGUAACGAGAGUGGUAAACUGUGCCUUCAAGGGCACCUAAUUUGUAGCAAGUACUGACUGACAAGGCUUAGUAUCAAGCUGUCUAAGAGUAAAAGAGUACCUAUGCUGUGCCUUCAGGGGCACCUAUUAGCUAUAAUUAUAGGUAUAGUACACUUUCUGCUAUACUAAGAUGAAACUUAGCAGCUAGAGACAAUAUAUCUCUUAACGUGGAUAAGAUAAUUCUGAUCAGGUAAUACUGACUCGGAAGCAGAACGGCUGCACUUCAGUCUCCUAACAGUAUCAUCCACUUAAGCGGAUUGAGGGGGAGAUUAAAGUAUAGAGAAAACCGACAUGAGUGAGCUUCUGAGAUGAGCCCCGACGCGCGUUUCACAAGGUAGGCUCUUCAGGGGAAAUGACUCCCCCUCCUUUUCUUACCCCUAUUUUUGUGUCAUUUUGACUAAUUUUUUUUGUUUGAAUAUUUUGUAUGGACGAUAUUCAGAUGAGCUGAAUCGACUCAUGAACAAAAUGAUUCGGCCGAUUCAAAUUUUUCUGCCAUGCCCAAGUCUAGUAUCUACUACUUUCCCUGAAAAUUUAUAUUUUCUUUAACCUCAAUUAUUUACUUUCCAACUAUCAACUUAGAGAAAUGCCUUUUACUGGUUUUAUUUGUUGGAUUUUGAACUUUGCCACUUCAUUUAAUCCCCCACUAAUACCAUUUUAAAACAAGAAAAAAACAUUUUUUAUUUUUAAAAAAUAGUUUGUUUAUGAACCCUAGUCACACCUCCCUGCAUGUGACUUGCACAGCCUUCCAUAAACACUUCCUGUAAAGAGAGCCCUAUUUAGGCUUUCUUUAUUGCAAGUUCUGUUUAAUUAAGAUUUUCUUAUCCCCUGCUAUGUUAAUAGCUUGCUAGACCCUGCAAGAGCCUCCUGUAUGUGAUUAAAAGUUCAAUUUAGAGAUUGAGAUACAAUUAUUUAAGGUAAAUUACAUCUGUUUGAAAGUGAAACCAGUUUUUUUUCAUGCAGGCUCUGUCAAUCAUAGCCAGGAGAGGUGUGGCUAGGGCUGCAUAAACAGAAACAAAGUGAUUUAACUUCUAAAUGACAGUGAAUUGAGCAGUGAAAUUGCAGGGGAAUGAUCUAUACACUAAAACUGCUUUAUUUAGCUAAAGUAAUUUAGGUGACUAUAGUGUUCCUUUAACUGUUUAUUUUUUUCUACAAUAUUUUUACUUUGUAGUGUGUACGGGUCUAUUUUUAUUACAGUAAAGUUCAGUUGCAGUUUCACAGCACAUCCCACAUCUCCUUUUAUUUUAUUUUUUCUACCAGUCUGUAUUGGCCUGUGUUCCCCGAUUAUUAUGGAUGUUAUGUUUGGUUUACAUGCAACUAACUCUAUGGUUUAUUCUCUUUGGACGUGUUUCCUGUUGGGGUGUGUACUUCCUUCCUGUAUCUCCUGAAACAUGGCUGCUAUACACUAAUAGCUUGCAGUGUCUUUGUUUAUAUCUCCUGAAACAUGGUGUAUGAAGUGGGAUACCUACACGUCCUUGGCCGAUUGUCAGCAUGGACUUAUUCAACUAUGCUGGAAAAGAGUACCUGCUCUUAGUUGAUUAUUCAGACUUCUGGGAAAUUGAACUGCUUCCUGACCUGUCCACUGAAAGUACAAUUAAGUGAUGCAAGGCGCAAUAUGCACGUCAUGGCUAACCAACUAAAGUGAUUUCUGAUAAUGGUCCUCGGUUUGCAAGCUUAUAGUAUACUGAAUGGGAGUUUGAGCAAGUGACUUCUUUACCACGUCAUCCACAAGCUAAUGGCAAAGCUGAAUCUGCUGUGAAAAUAGUGAAGAAUUUAUACGAAAAAGUGAUGGUAAAAACCCAUGGAAAACCAUCUUACAUUGGAGAAACACUCCAACAGAGGGGAUGGAUAGUAGUCCGGCACAGAGACUGAUGUCAAGGAGAUUAAGUUACCAGUAGCCAACAAGCUACUGUGAUACAAGGUGUACCAGAAAAGUUACGACUUAAGAGGCAAGUCUUCAAGGCUAGAUAUGACUCAUCUUCUAGGGAUUUACCUGAACUGAAUAUUGGUGAACAAAUCCAUAUGAAACCACUUCCGGGAGAUCGAACAAGUCGCUGGAGAAUGGGAAACAGUCUGCAAAAGCUUGCACCACGCUCUUAUCUUGUGGAUAUCGAAGGAACUCUCUACCGAUGCAAUAGUGUGGGUCUGCGAGUGGUCGAUAAGCCCGAUUCUCAAUAUCCAGUUGACAAGCCAGACACACCUGGUAUUCCGAGGACACACUCACAUGUCGGCAGUAAAGAGUGUACAGAAGUGAUACCAGAGACAAGUACUAAUGACAGCCCUGAGCAAGCAGGACCUGACAGCAUUCAAGUUCAAAACAUACUAGUAAGUGGUGGGAAGAGUCCAGUAACCUCAGAGAGGGCUAAAAGACUAUUUGCACAACCUGGACCAGUCUUCACUUGUAGUGGCAGACAUUCACAACACCUGAGAGACUUAACCUCUAAAAUGUUAUUACAAGGACAGUGUUUCACAAUGUUGAUUUAUUAAUACUAAAAGAGGGAGAUGUUAUUGAUGUUAUGUUUGGUUUACAUGCAACUAAGUCUAUGGUUUAUUGCACAUGUUUCCUGUUGGGGUGUGUACUUCUUUCCUGUAUCUCCUGAAGCAUUGUCUUUUUUUAUAUCUCCUGAAACACCGAUCCCCAACACCAUUUUGAUUUCUCAGAUUUUUCACUCCAGGUCUCUUAGUUGUUCUCUCUGCCAGACUCUCUUCUCCCUUUCUAGCUGUGUUUUUCCACCCAACAUCCAUCAUUCAUCCACUUCAGUUCACCAACCUCCGUUCCUCUCUUUCCACUUGUAUAUCCUCUGUCUCUCCACCGGUCUCCGUUACCUACCUCGAAGAUGUGUGACGAAGGUUGUGUGUAUGAAUGUGUGGCAGUUUUCGUGUUAUUGUCAUAGUUUAGAGUUAAGGCACUGCAUGUGUGUGAUGGGCAUUGUGUGUGGUGUUAACUGCAUACAUGAUGGUUGUUGCGUGCAUGACUUCAUCUGAGUUAUGGUAGUUGUGUGUGGGAGGCUGCUUGUGUGUAUAACAAAGGUUGUAUCAUGGUAGGGCGUUUGUACAAGGAAGCACAAUGCUUCCACAAUUUUUAAAUAAGUAUCCAAGCCUUAUUUGCAUGCUAGUAAAUGUGUAAGAGUAGCAAAACAUUUUUUUCUCUUAUUUUUAACUCUGCCUCUGUCCCGUCUGAUAUUACCUGCCUUGUUAGAUACCAUCUUGUAUAUGUCACUUUGUUUAGCAAAUAUUAUUAUUUUAGUAAAUAAUAUUUCGAAGUAGUGAAAGGGCGUCUUCUUGAGCUUUUUUGUUUUCUUACUAUCUCGACGUUAUGAGAAAUAUUUUUCUUAUAAUCCAAGACAGAUACAGUAGCAGAUAUUACCUGGCAAAAUAUUAAUGUGAUUAUUUGUGUCUUUAAAUAUGGAAUGAGUUAUUUAACUCUCUUGGCAAUAUUAUUUCUAGGCCUCUAUUACAUCGUAAUAUUUGCAUCUACCUGAUUCAUGAUCGUUGUGCCUUGUGGUGCUUUAUGCUGCACUCUAGAAUAAACAUUUAAUUGGAAUAAAUGUUCAAAGGUCAAAAUCUGAACUUUUAUCAGCAUCUGGAAGUGACAUUACUUCCUGCUGUGUGAUGAUAAAAUGCACACCUUAUGUCCAAUAAAAGCACAUAGCAAGCCCAUUUCUUACUUGUGUGUACAGUGACCUGACUCGUGAAAUAUGCCUGCUUGUUUGCAUGUUAUUUAUUAACCCCUUAAGGACCAAACUUCUGGAAUAAAAGGGAAUCAUGACGUGUCACACGUGUCAUGUGUCCUUAAGGGGUUAUAGGAACACUAUAGUCACCUAAAUUACUUUAGCUAAAUAAAGCAGUUUUAGUGUAUAGAUCAUUCCCCUGCAAUUUCACUGCUCAAUUCACUGUCAUUUAGGAGUUAAAUCACUUUGUUUCUGUUUAUGCAGCCCUAGCCACACCUCCCCUGGCUAUGAUUGACAGAGCCUGCAUGAAAAAAAAACUGGUUUCACUUUCAAACAGAUGUAAUUUACCUUAAAUAAUUGUAUCUCAAUCUCUAAAUUGAACUUUAAUCACAUACAGGAGGCUCUUGCAGUGUCUAGCAAGCUAUUAAAAAAAUCUUAAUUAAACAGAACUUGCAAUAAAGAAAGCCUAAAUAGGGCUCUCUUUACAGGAAGUGUUUAUGGAAGGCUGUGCAAGUCACAUGCAGGGAGGUGUGACUAGGGUUCAUAAACAAAGGGAUUUAACUCCUAAAUGGCAGAGGAUUGAGCAGUGAGGCUGCAGGGGCAUGUUCUAUACACCAAAACUGCUUCAUUAAGCUAAAGUUGCUCAGGUGACUAUAGUGUCCCUUUAAACUGGGACUUGUGGAUAGAUAAUAAUGUCAUUUGAAAUUUUACAUCAAACUUGUUGAGAUGGAAAAAUAGCUGACUUGGAGAGUUAUUCCAGUUCGGCUAUUUUGAUCUUAAAUAGGAAUUCUCUUAGAGAUGUCUCAAGCAUUAGUUUUGCACCAUGAAAAUAACAGGAUUACUUUGUAAGAGUCACACUCUGUCAUCGGUCGGAGAGUAAUAUUAAUUUAAUUUGAUUGUGUCAUGGUUUGGUUGCAGGGUUUUCCACUCACAUGUUAAAUGAUAACCAAUGUUAUAAACAGGAAAGUAAGUGCAUUUUUCUCUUUUUUUCCUCUUCUUUACAGACACUGUAAAACUAGUAGGUCUUUUGUGUGCUUCCGUGUGUGCCUGGUAUUUGGGAUAUCUGUUUGCAGAGAUAUUGCCAGAGGACUCUAUUCAGACUGCUAUUGGGAGUAUGCAGCAAGUAGGAAUGCGGCCAGUAUUAAAAGGUAAGUGGUCGUUGAUUGAUGGCUUAAAUAAUGUUGCUGUAUGGACACAGAUUCAAACUCGAACUUUCUAACUUCUAACUUGAAUACAAUUUACUAAAUAAAUAAUAAGCCCUAAAUGUCAAUUUCAUCCCUAAUCUUAAAUUCUAAAUCUACUCGUAAAUACUAAUCAAUAAAGUCACCAAGACCAAUUAAUCUCAAUGACGUGGUCUGGGUGCAGUGGUAUAAGAAAGAGGGAGUAAGAAAUUAAAGUGGUGUUGGGCAGCAGUAACCAAUACAAAGAUUCCCGUCGUUGUGGGAGUUAGAGUAUAGAAAAAAAGGAGGAGGAGACAGCGCCCCAAGCAGUAUAGGUUAAAAAAUGUAUACGUACACAAAUCUUUUUCAGGGUUAUAUAUACAAUUUACCUCAAAAACAAAAGAACAUAGGGAGAUAAUAGUGCAAUAUGCUAUAUUCAGUGAGUUAGGGUGCAAGUGCUUUUAUAUGGUAUCACUCACAUUUGCCAGAGCUAACACAGAGCUCAGCUGUUAAAAGGCGUGGACGGAACAAUCCCCAUCUAAGGAUAUGUAUAGAAGUUGCCGUCUUUGGUAGUCUCAGGCAAAGUGCAAUAUGCAGGUCUUAUAAAAAGACAUGGAGAAAUAAUACAAUAGUGAAGCAAGUACAUAUAGGUGUUAAAUAGAAGUAAAUAAAGUAAUGUACUCACAUUUACUGGAGCAGAACUCGCUCUAUUGUAUACAGCAUGGGUGGUAUAAUCCCCACCUAGGAAUAUGAUGGUAACCAGGAAAUAAAAGUCGAAGGUAUAUAGUAAAUUUUAAAAAAUUUAAAAUGUACCAUUUAUUGACAAAAACAAUAAAAAUCUGUGUAGAAAAGAGUCCCACUUUACGCGUUUCAUCUGUGGAGGCUUCUUCAGAAGUGUGGGUUAAGUCCUGGUUCCAUUAGUUUAUAUAGGCAGUCUAUUAAUGAUGAUUUUAUCCUGGUGUGUACAGGUAUAAUUUCCUGUUUCCUGUAACCACUAUUGGAACACAUGCAUCACACCAGAAGUUUAAUGGAGUAGUAAUCUAUGCGUUCCAUUGUGGAACGCAAACGGAGCCAAAAUGGUGUCGCUGCGUGCCACUCUGCAAAUGCCGAUAUUGGGUAGUGGAAAAAGGUUUUAAGUCCAUUAACCCCUUAAGGAAGCAGGACCUCUGACUUGUCAUGAUUCCCUUUUAUGCCAGAAGUUUGGUCCUUAAGGGGUGUAGCGGAGAGCUAGUAUUGCAUAGCCUAUCUCCACUUUAGAUCCCAGUAAGGCUCAGGAACAAGUAUAAUAAAUCCACAGAGUAAUAAUUCCAGCAGGCAAAAAGUCUCCAACAAUAUCCCAGACGAAAUCCCAAUGACUGGACGACACACAGCAUCAGGAGCAGAACUCAAGAUUUAUUCACAGCAGCUCCUUAUAAAGGAUUCUCCCAUGCAAGGGAGGGAUUUACAGGAAUUACAACAGUAACCAAUGAUACAGAGGUUCCCUCCCCUACUUUCCCUCCCCUCAGAGUGACACUUAAUCCACUUAAUCCUGGCACCUUUUCCCCUGUUUCUUGGAUGUACCCCAAAAGUGGCAUCCCCUGGUAGCUCUGGUCUGGGUGACUAACAUACUCAAAAUUCACACAGAUCAGACCAGGGGUUCGGGAGUUAUAGACAAUAAACGAUUUGACCGACCGCACACGAAUAGGUAGCCGAAAGGAGUUCCAUGUAUUAUGGCCCUGCGGUCGGUCUUUGUUCGGGAGAUGAAACAGACAGAAAUCCUUGCCAUCCAUAGAUAAUACCGGGUUCGCACGAACCCCCUUGUUCGGUAUAUUGAACUCACCGAAAGAGGAGUCGAUUAGCCCCUCCGUUCGUGAGUUCUGGAGCUCUGGAGGUCUCAGCGGUGUUCGCGCUAUCGAGUGUCUGAUUUGGGUUCCAGACACUCAACGACCAAACACCGCUGAGAGUUCCUGCGUAAGAUGGCCGCCUCCACGUGUUCGUCUACCGAAUCGCGGCCACCCAGAUACAGCAAUAAAACCUCAAUUAGCUGCGGUUAAAAAGGGAAUAAGGGUUUAACUAGGGACACACUUCGUCUCUAUGGUGGUCUAUGCAUUCGGUAGUUUCCAUUCGUAUAACUAUGAAGGAAACUACCGAACUAACAUACGAACUUAGAUACAAUUUUCAAUGUACAUUCAGUAAAAACAGGCGACCAGUCUUUUAACAUAUAAUUCUGACGGACAGUCACAGGCCAUCCGCUACAAGGGGUUCAUCAAGCGAUCAUUAAAUGUGUAUACAGUUCACCUUGUGUAAAUCAGUCUGAACAUCCGGUGGAAGUAAAAUAUCACUUCAUUUCUUCUGUGUCAACAGUAGUUUUCGGCCAUGUUAUAAGAGGGCAAAGUGUGGGGAAAUAGAGGGAUGGAGCUUAGUAGUUGCAAAAGUAUAUAAUUUUGACGACCUAUGUUAUUUAAAUUCCAACAUUAGAUUAGUUAUAAUUGGUAUAGUUGAUUAAUUAAACAGACAUUAAUGUGCAUACAUCUAUGGAUAUAAAUUUAAAUAAAUAAUAAAUGAAAUUUGGGUCUCAAAUUAAUAAAAAGUUGGUAAAGAAUUGGAAUUUAAAAAGCACAGAUAGAAUAUACAGUAUUUCUGUGCAUAUGGUGACAUACAGCAUACAGUGGUUGUAUCAUUUUUAACCCUGCAUAAUAUUGCUGGUUUGUAGAAACUGGAACGUUUACAUUGCUGGCUAAACACACCUCUGGUGGCUGUCUUCCUGACAGCCGAUAGCGGCAUUUCCUCCUCCAGAACUGAGUGAAACUUGGUCCUGGAAUCAUCAUCAGCAUUGAUUGGACGAGUGCGGUGCUGUGCCGCGCAUGCAUUCUCCAAUCCAUUGCUUCUGUAUGAGAAGUAAUUUGUUGAAUUGCUUCUAUGAGAAGCAAUGAGUUGGACAAUAAUGCGAGGAGGCUUGUCGCUAGAAACUAGGUUUAUAAAAGUUAUCUUUAAUUAACUCCGCAUUUACUGAGCAAAGGGUGGGUGGACAGUGAUCACAUGACUGCAAAGGAACCUAUAUUCUCAAUAUAAUGAUUGAAGUUUUUUGGGAAUAUAGGUUCCCUCAAUAUUAUCUCUAAUCUUAAAUUGUAACCCUAAAUCCCAAAUGCUAUUACUAAUAGACUUAUAAUUCUAAUAGACUUCUGCUUUUUCUAAGCAGAAAUAUUUUAUUUUGUGUCUGUUGAUUUUUAUUUCUUUGCUAAAAUGCCAAGCUAGACACACUAAGCACUACAAUGGUUGCAGGAAUUCCCUGGCACAUCCCAUAAUAAGUAGUCAGGCUGUUUUGAACGGUUGGAUUUCUUAGGCCUCCAUCUGUGAGAUAUCUUUAGUGGAAGAUACUUAUUCAAAAUAAAAUAAUCAGUUCCAUUUUAUAUUGACAGAUACAAACAAGCUUAUCAUCUAUAAAAUGAAUUGGCUGAGAAUGCCAGCUGAUGAAUUCCAUCCAAACAUGGGUAGAAUUGGUGUCACUAAUGUGAAAGUAGGACAUUAUAUCAAACAUGGGGGCCAUGCAAAAAUGGUUUGGCUACUUACCAUUGGACAUGACUCUGGAGUGGUUGUAGUGGAGCCUAGACUGCCCCUUUAAGAAGAAAAAUGACGUGAUGUUUGAAAUUGGUUACAUCUCUAUGGACAGGAGAUUCGAUUCUGUUCAUUGUUGCUUUUAUAAAAAAAAAAAAAAGAAUGUUGUAUAAGAAACAUGAUCAGGGUUAUUCAAAAGAAUUUCAAAAGUUAGGCUAAAGUUGCCAAACUGGAAAAAUUCCACUAGUCAGCUAUGUUUUCAUUUCACUACUUUGGCCAAACAUUAGAAAUUCACUUGGAAUUUCUAUUGACUUCCUGACAGAAUAUACUUUGUGAAUAAAAAGCAAAAAGAGGUUUUGUCUCUAUAUCCAAACUUGUUGGAUUAGAGACAGAGGUCAGUAUGGUGGUAUAAGCUCCACCUACGGGCUUGGACCCUGAAAAUGUAUUUUAGUCUUUUGAUACACAUGGCAGUAUUUGAGCUGUGGGGCAUUAGACCUCCAACACAUUAGAAUUAUCUGGAAGGAAGUUAUUUAGCUGUUAAGUAUUUUUCUGUUCUAUUUAUGUAUUUAUAGCAGCAUUGGGUCUCCCCCUUGGGGCUACUCUCCCUCUCUGUCUACCAAAUUACUUUGUGAUUAACCCUGAAUGAACACUAUUGAUUGAGGAUGCCAUUGCCAUUCUCCUUGUAGUCUGACUGUAAGCCCAAGUUACUUGCUGAUAGAAGUGGCAUGAAUCAGCAUAGGGGCAAUAAGCGCAAUGAUAGUUAGCGGUAACCUACUUUACUAGGGGCUUUUUGCCAUUGAAACAACCUAAUCAGUUCUUGCAAGUUGCACGGCAUCAUGUUACAAUAUUGUUUUUUGUUUUUAUUGCACAGCUCCAGCCCCUAAGAAACAGAAGUGUGGAGUAUGGACUCCUUGUCCAAACGAUGAGCUGCCCUAUCUUAUGCGAAGCGGAGGUGGAAAAGAUGUGAGACCCAUAAUCUGCCUGAACGAUGAGUAGUAAGCACACAGCAAUAUAGGGGGAAAAUGGCAUUUGGAGAAUUUUCUUCUCUUUUUUUGCUUUUUUUGUUGGGGUUUUUUUGGGGGGGGGCGGGGGUUUACAUUCUAUUAAAAAAAAUGCAUGAAUAUCAAAAUGAAAAAAAUAAAUCCUUUUAGAUAGAUGAAAAAAAAAUCUUCAUUAACUGAUCCAGAAGAAUGCAAAACACUUGGAUACACCAGAAAAAUUCCCUCCCGACCCUGAAAAGGCUAUCAGCUAUAAAUCAGAAUUUAUAUGUAGAAAUAAGAAAACCUAUUGUAAAAUUAAACAGACCCCCUUCACCAUUUACUAGGAAAAAGAUUAAAAUGAAAUAUUUCUCUGUCUCUAAACAUGCUCUCUCUGAUUUCACUUGUGUUCUCUAAUCUUUCUCUUUUUCACUCUCUCCCUAAACUUUCUAAAAUCUUUCUUUCUAACUCUCUCUUUCUCGCUAUUAUUGCUCUCUAAACUCUUUCUCUCUAAUCUGGCUGUUUCUCUCUAAACUUGCUCACUCUCUCUGUCUCCUUUAAUCUCACUCUCUCUCUAUCUUGCUCUCAAUCUAGCUCUCUAAUCGAUUUCUACCUCUCGUGAUCUCUUUGUAACCCACAUUCUCUAAUCUUGCUCUUUCUAACAUAAUUUGUGUGCAUUUUAGCUACCUAGGCGGAUCAAAGCAAAACGGUGACCGAGGAAUAAACAUUGUUGUCAUUAACCGUAAGUGAAACACUUUUGCUCGUAUUUACUAACUUGCUUUUUUAACUUAAACUUAUUUUUCUAUUUAUAGUAAUGUUAAUCCAAUGUAUAACAAUUUAAAUUCAUGUUUAGCAAUAUAAAUUCUAUUCAUAGUAAUGUAAUUGUUAUUUUUGGUAAUGUCAGUGCUAUAUUAUACCAUUUAUUCAUAUUAGUAGCAAUCUUCAGUUAGUAUAUAUUUAGGGGUAAUGUAAUAACGGUUUAGGCCCAGUGGUAGGAAACCUUUGGCACUCCAGAUCUUGUAAACUACAUCUUCCCUGAUGCUUUGCCAGCAUUAUGGCUGCAAAAGCAUUAUGGGUGAUGUAGUCCACAACAUCUGGAAUGCCGAAUGCUGCCUACCCCUAGGGGCUUAUGGCUGGGGGAGGGAGUAGAGUUAGAUGAGUUGGGUUAAGAGGACCUUACACUGUACUGUCGAUCACUCUAAGACAAAUUGAGAACCAUAGCCAUUACACUCCAGCGCAUCUUGCUGUAAGCAUGUCAAAAUUUAUGUAUACAAAAUGCGUUGGGAAAUUGCCAUUAUUCUGUCUCGCUAUAUUUAUGUAUGUUUAAGUUAGUCAUAAUUUGUACUUCCAGCUGUCUGAAUGGGUAGAACCUGAAUACAGUUUAAGACAUUACUAUUUUGUGUGUAGUUGCCUUAUAAUCAGUUGAUAUAUAUUGAUAUAUAUAUAUAUAUAUAUAUAUAUAUAUUUUUUUUUAUCAUUCUUUAUUGUAGAUGAUACUUGGAAAGCUACAGAUACAAAAACGUUCGAUAUGUAUGAGGGAGGUGAGUACUCUGCAGGGCUCCAAUUUGGGGGUGUCCACAAGUUAGAACCCAAGUUGUUAUAAAACUACAGAUCCCAUGAGCCAUUGCUAACCCUAGGUCUGAUAACAGAUCACAGGAGUUUUCUAUCGGAGCUGGUAGUUUUCCUUUGUUCUAGAUGUCCUUGUUGCGAUUUAUGGAAAUGUAAGUAAAACUUGAACAAUUGCCCCAAAUUUGUUCAGUUUCAGAUAAUUUCCAGUUUUUUUUUUUUUAAGUCCAUGUUUAAAAAAUACAAGUAAAAUAUAAAAUAAUAUUACAUAAUAAAUAUAUGAACAUAGGAAAAAAAAUCUAAUAUGGACCAUAGUUCAGGUUCUUGUAAAUCUAUAAAAUGUAAUCAUGUUUAAUACAUGCUUUACGGCUACAUGUGAAAAUGCAAAAGUAAAAAAAAAAGGUAGUGUGCUAAACUGUUCAAAUUUAUCAAACUGUAUUUUUAUUAAUUUAUAUAUAUAAAUAUAUAUUUAUAAAUGGAAAUGACUAGAACAAAAAAAGUGUGCAGUAUAGAUGCACUUAGAGUUGUGUGUUUCUUAAUGAGCAACAAAUAUAUCAGUUUGUCAUUGGACAACUAUGUUAUCGACUGCUGGCUCAGUAGUUCUACUGCUAUCUAUUAGCCUAUAAUAAGUCCCUUUACAUUUCUCGUUCUGUUUCCACUCAUAGAGUUCUCAGGACCAAUGGUUGAAUUUAUUAAGAACAUUCCUGAGAAAUCUCUUAUCAUGAUUUCCAGCCAUGACGAUGCCUCUACAAAGUAAGUCUGUGCCAACAAUGGUUUUACGUAUGAUGUCCAGCUUUUAUGUAGCUUGUGUUGAUUGAAAUCAGGUGUGGAGCUUGGGCCAUAUGCUGGCAACCUAUAGUGAUUGGAAACCUUGUAUGGCCCUUCUGUUGUUAUUGUUAUUUAAGGAACACUCCAAACACCAUAACCACUACAGUACACUGUAGUGGUUAUGGUUCCAGGAGUGCACUGGUGCCGACCCACUCUAAGUAGUGAAGGAGUUUUACAACAUUUUUACUUCUUGUCUGGUAUCCACUUCCUCUUGGCUUCCAGGAGAGCCAGAAACUCCUACCUAGGAGCUUCUGUUAAUUUUUCUGAUUUAAGCGUUGCCGUUCAUGGUUAGCUAACUAUCUGAGAGUGUCAACUGAUCACUCUCAGUCAAUGAGUUAAACCCUUCACAACCAGGCUUAACUCAGUUAACUGAGUCUAGUGGAGUUGGGGAAAGGUGCCUCAAGUAAGAAGAACCAGGAUACUUUAGGCACCAUGACUACUAUAGCACACUUGGAAUUUAGUGAUUUUGGCACUUGGAAUGUUUCUUUAAGAGAAAUUGGGAUCUUAUCUGUUUUUAGGAAUUUUCUGCAUAUAAUUUAGGCCUAAUUUUCUGGACUUCUGAAUAGAAGCAAGUCUGAAAACAUAAUUCCAUAGAAAUAUUUGUCCAAGUCCCUCAAGCUUUCACAGUUCUGUCGAUGCUUUUUCUGCUAAUCAAAAGAAUGUGAAAACCCCAGUCAGAAGCGAUUGCCAUUUCAGCCACAACAAGGGCAAAGUCCACUUGACUUCAUUAUGAUAAUUAGAUUUCUACUUGGAUCAACAAGUUGUUCCCACACAAAUGAACUGUUAUAUCCGACAUAAACACAAAAGUACAGUACUAGAAUGAAGGACUUUGAAAUAACUUUACGGAGCUUGGGUUCCGUUUGGGUUCCGUUUUUGUGAUGCCAAAUAUGUGUUCCAUAUAGGUCACCCUGGACAUAAAGCAACACAAACAUAAUUAGAGGUUUUAUAACAUGUUAAAAUAUGUGAAGGCUAUAUUAGUCCAAAUAUUUAAAUUUUUUAUUUCUGUUUUCUGCAUAUCUAAUGAGGUGGUCAUUAGAUAUGCAGGCCUUCUUUUCACACCUGACCCAUCAGUCACCAGUGUCACCAGUUCUAAGUUUGACUAGACUUCUAUUAUUAUAAACCCGUAUAUAAACAUUUAGCAAUGUAUUUACACAUGGUGGCAAAUUAAUCCAUGAAUACAAACCCAGUUUGGUUGUUUCAGAGGUGAUGCAAUAUCGUGAUUAACGUGUUACAAUGUUUAGUGUGUAGCAGAUGGCAAUCGCAAGACUAUUUAUUUUAUAUUAUAAUACGGACAGUCUGGGAAACGAUGUACAGGGGAAAACUAAAUAGUUUUUAGGUUGUAUUUUUAACGAUUAUGUAUCAGAUGACUAUGCAAUGCACCACCCUACUUAUAUGACGGAUCCUUGGUUUCAGGUUAUCUGAGGAUGCAAAGAAAGUAUUUGAAGCUCUUGGGAGUAAAGAAAUACGUAAUAUUAAGUUCAGGUCAGCCUGGGUAUUUCUCGCAGUUAAAGGUGCAAAGUUACCGGAGUAUUUGGAAAAAGAAAAGGUAAGAAUUCUUAAUUCUUUUGUACUUUUUUAAAUUAACGCAUAGUUUGAUUAUUUUUACCUGUCUCCUCUUUCCUUCCAUCUUACUAUACCAUGAUCUUAACCACCCAUAUAUUGUCAGUGGGAUAAUGGAGCUGAAAUCCCUUACUUUUAGCAGGCAGGAAUGCAAAACUUUCUAUCAUUCUAAAACAGUGUGGCCUUCAACCAAGUUCUCAGAGUCCACCAACAGUCCAGGAUUUAGACAUUUUGCAAUUCUGUCCCUGUACUGGACAAUUAAAGGGACAUUCUAAGUAACAUGUCCAUCACAGCUUGGUGCCAUCCUCCGGUUUUAUGUAUGAACAAUUAACAUUGUUUUUCCCUUUAUUCGCUACUUUCUCUCACUUGAUCUAUGAACCAAAAAGGGGGAAAAUGGGCCUAUCAGUGUACUGCAAAAUAUAUAUACAUGAUAAUAUUUAUGUUAUGUAUAUAUUUUGCAGUACACUUAUUGUGAACUCUUUGCUUUGACUCAUUCAUUUUCCUGAAAUAUUUUUCAAAUUUGGCUGAGCCAAACUAAUAUAUGGCUGAAAUUCAGACUUACCAACAUUUUUGUAGUUGGCCAAAACAAAUUGUUUUACAAGUCUAAUGGAGAUUGCCCUUCUUAUAGGCAUUGAUACACUUCAUAAUUACGAAUUUCAGUUCUGUCCAGCCAAUCACCUUCAUCCUUCAUUCAGAAUUACAGGGGUAAAUGCUAACGUGAGAAGUGCCAUCAAUUCUAAGGGAGAAUUAAAAAUUUAAGGCCAAAGUAGUUGACUUUUACUUUGAAUUCCUGACAAUUCUCACUUUAAUAACUAACUCUGUCUAUCUUAAGUCCUCAUUAUAAAUGUGGCAGAGAUGGGAUUGUUUGCGGGAUCCAGAGAAAACUUCUUUUUUGACAAUCAACUCCUGGAUUGCUUAAUAUAAAGCCGGAGGGUGACACCCACUGGCGUACAUACCGUGGUCGCAGCUGUAUGCCAGUGUGGCCAGCCUCUUCUCCUGGGGGGCCCAGGAGCUGGCCACCUCAGGGUCCCCCGAGGCUGGCAGUGGCGUUACCGGUCGCGCGUGCGAGGGAGCAUUCUCCCCUGAGCGCUCUCUUCCCAGCUCCGUCGCGUGCACUGCACUGAUGCUGGAGCCGGAAUAUGACGUAAUUCCGGCUCCGGCAUCAGUAACCGGCGCGCAAGGACCAGCCGUCAGGCAGCCCCACUGGACCCCAGGGAAUACCCUCAGCACUCCCAAAGAAAGGGAGGCUGGGGGAUUAAAUUAAAAAAUCUAUAAAUAUAUAUAUAUAUAUAUAUAUAUAUAUAUGAGUGUGUGUGUGUAUAUGUGUGUUAGUGUGUGUGUGUUAAUUUUUGUCAGUGUGUGUUACUGAGUGUGUUAGUUUGUGUGUGUGUGUGUGUGUGUUACUGUGUGUGUGUGUGUCUCUGAGUGAGUUAGUUUUUGUGUGUGUGUCUGUUACUGAGUGUGUUAGUUGUGUGUGUCUGUUAUUGAGUGUGUGUCUGCUAGUGUGUCAGUGAGUGUGUUAGUUUUUGUGUGUGUGUUACUGUGUGUGUGUCUGUUACUGAGUGUGUUAGUUGUGUGUGUCUGUUAUUGAGUGUGAGUGUUAGUUUGUGUGUGUGUGUGUUACUGUGUGUGUUACUGUGUGUGAUAGUUUGUGUGUGUCUGUUAUUAAGUGUUUGUCUGCUAGUGAGGGUCAGUGUGUGUGUGUGUUAGUGUGUGUGUCAGUGAGUGUGCAUUCAAACCGCCCAUAGGAAAGCAUUACUCAGUGCUUUCCUAUGGACGUCCAGCGUCUUCUCACUGUGAUUUUCACAGUGAGAAUCGCCGAAGCGCCUCUAACAGCUGUCAGUAAGACAGCUACUAGAGGCUGGAUUAACCCUCAGUGAAACAUAACAGUUUCUCUGAAACUGCUAUGUUUUCAGCUGCAGGGUUAAAACUAGAGGGACCUGGCACCCAGACCACUUAAUUGAGCUGAAGUGAUCUGAGUGCCUAUAGUGAUCCUUUAAGUGUAGGUAUACAUACCGCAGACCAGGUGCCCGCCGCCAUGUGUUGCGGCCCCGGCCCACGCACAGUAACCGCGGGGGAGGGAGGGGCACGGAUCAUUUUUCGCACCGGGGCCCCAGGGAUCGUGUGUAUGCCACUGGUGACACCUAUCAAGCUCUAAAUCUUAUGUUGCUCAGAGUUUGGAAGCUACUUUAUUUCAUUGAAGCGGUCUUGUUGCAGUGUUCCUGUUCCUUUAACACUGUAAUGUAAAAACAUUGCUGCUUUAGAGAAACUGCAAUAAUAACAUUGGAAUGUUAAGACUGCCUCUAGUGGCUGUCUAGGUGCAUCCCGCAGUUUCACAGAGUUUGACCAAGUGAAACAAUGCUAGACAACCUCACACUUUGCAUGAGGAGACCAGCGUGUUGAAAAAUCCCAUAGGAACGCAUUUAGUCAAUGCUUACCUAUGGGAAAGAUGUAGUGUGCAAGCAGUGCUCGCCACACAUGCGCAUUAGGUUCCCCCAUCAGCUGACAUCGACGAAGAAGGAGCUUGACCUAGUGACAUUGGCGCUGGAAUCAGCUAAGUGUUUACAGGGCUAUUUAUUUAUCUGGGGAGGGGGGGGGGGAGCCAGGGCAGAGAGACACUAUGGCGUUACUAAUACAGCUUUGUAUUUGGAACACUAUAGUGUUCCUUUAAUUGCAUUCAGUGGCAUUUUCUACAUAAGGAUGCAGUUAUCCCUGUAAUGGUAUUAAACCCUGCCUGUCCUAUAUUUUGUAUUUCCCAGCAUGUAUAAUGAGGCACAUAUUGCUUGUAUAUUUGUUCAUACAUCAAACACUGUCACCUAGUGGUCAAUUGAUGUAAUUGAUUGUUCUCUCUCUUUGCUAAUCAUUUUUCUAUUACUUCCAUUCAACUCAGGAAAGGCUGCCACAUGUAUAAGAUUAUCUUUGAACAGAUAUUAGCCUGCCACUGGACCCCAGGGAAGCCACCCUCUUGUACUCAUAAAGUAGAAAACUGGAGGGUUGCUUUAAAAGUGUACAGUUUGCAUUUGUGUCAUUAUGUCUGUGUGACUGUCAGUAUGUCUGUUUGCUUGUGUGUCAGUAUGUCUGUGUCAGUAUGUCUGUCAGUGUGUGUUAUGUCUGUCAGUGUGUGUUUGUCUGUAUGUGUAUCAGUAUGUCUGUUAGUGUGCGUAUCAGUAUCUCUGUCAGUGUGUUUGUCAGUAUGUCAGUGUUUGUCAGUGUGUGUCAGUAUGUCUGUCAGUGUGUAUCUCGAUAUUCUCAGUAUGUGUGUAUGUGUUUGUGUGUGUGUAUAUCUGUGUAUAUGUAUUUAGUCAGUGUAACUAUGUUUCUCCAUGUAGUCUGUGUGUAUCUGUAUAUCUGCAUGUGUGCCAUUGUGUGUAUGUUCAUAUGUUUUAGCAUGUGUAUAUGUAUUUGCAUGUGUGUCAGGUUGUGUAUCUGCAUGUCUGCAUGUGUGUCAGUUUGUGUAUCUGCGUGUCUAUGUGUGUUUCAGUGUGUAUAUGCAUGUUAUCAUUGUAUGUAUUUGUGUAUCUAUAUGUUGUCAGUGUGUAUAUGUGUGUAUAUAUCUGUGUGUUUAUCUGUGUAUCUGCAUGUGUGUGCAUCUGUGUGCAGGGCCAGACUGGGAAAAAAAUUUGGCCUGGGCAUUUUUCAAUCACAGCAGCUCCCUAAAGGGGCGGGGCCAGAAAGGGUUUGUUUUGUCAUCACUAAUGACAAGCACACCCCCUCUCAAAGUGAGCAUGUUGGUUCAAUGCGCAGAGCCCUGCUGAAGAGCUCUAGUAUGAGAAAAAGGCCCUGUAUUUGUUCUGCGCAGCGCAAAUGUAAUUACAUGCCUGUGCUAUGUUUGCUUUUUACUUGUCUCUGGUGUCUCCACAAAGGGGAUACCAGGGGACAAAAGGGCCAGGAAAGCGUAUUGUGCAUGUGUUUGGAGCCUGCUUGUGGGUUGCGUAUGUGUAGUGAGCUGAUUGUGGUGUGGUAUUGUGUAAAUAGGGCGAUUUCAUUCGUGUUUGUGGUGUAAUAUGUGUGGCUAGGGGCUGCAGAGAGUGUGUGUAUAGGGGGCAUAGUGUGUAUAGGGGAUGUAGCAAGUGUUUGCAUAUGGGCUGCAGUGUGUAUGUGUAUAGGUGACGUAGUGUGUGCAGGGGUUGUAGAGGGUGUGUGUUUAGAGAAUGUGGUGUGUGUUUGCUUACAUGAAAUGUAGUGUGUGCAUAGGGGACCAGAGUUUGUAUGUCAGGAAUGUAGUGUGUGUAGGUGGUGCAGUGUGUGUGUAAGGGAUCUAGUGUAUAAAGGUCCCAAAGUGUGUAUCGGAGAUUGUGUGUGUGUGUAGGAUUCAGUGUACUCAGGGUAAGGGAUCUAGUGUGUAUCUAGAGUGUAAUGUGUGUAGUGGUGCAGUGUGAGGGGUGCUGAAGUGUGUAAAAAAAAAAAAAAAAAUAUAUAUAUAUAUAUAUAUAUUAUGUGUUUGGAUGUAUUUUAUGUGUGAGGGUGCAGUGUGUGUGUGAGGAGUGCAGUGUGUGUGUGUGUGUGUGUGUGUAAGAGGGGUGCUGUGUGUGUGUGUAAGGGUCUUCUUGUCUACUGUCACAUUCUAUGUUUCUAAUUUUUUUUGUCUGUUAACUCACUGAAGGUUAUUUUAUAUUUUAUACAUAUACGUGUGUGUGUGUGCUGUAUAUGUGUGAGAGUGUGUUGUGUGUGUGUGUGUGAGAGUGCUGUGUGUCUGAGUGUGCCAUCUGUGUGUGUGGGGGGCUGUGUGAGUGAGAGUGCUGUGUGUGUCUGAGUGUUCUGUCUGUGUGUGAGAGUGCUGUGUGUGUCUAAAGGGUGCUGUGUGAGUGAGGUUGCUGUGUGAGUCUGAGGGUACUGUCUGUGUGUGAGGGUGAUAUGUGUGAGGGUGAUGUGUGAGGGUGAUGUCUCAUACACAGCACCCUCAGAUACACACAGCACCCUCAGAUACACACAGCACCAUCACACAGACAGCACCAUCACACACAUUCGUGAGGGUGAUGUCUGUGGGUGAUGUGGUUGUGUGAUGGUGCUGUCUGUGUGAUGGUGCUGUGUGUAUCUGAGGGUGCUGUCUGUGUGAGGGUGCUGUCUGUGUGUGCUGUUAGUGUAAAUCUAUUUUUUAAAAUAUGUAUUCUUUUUUUAUUAAAAAAAAAAAAGUUAUAUCCCCUCCCUUUCUUACCCUUAGCCUGAGAGGGGGGAAGCCGUGUUGCCAUGGAGCAGGGUUCUGUGCUGCCUUCCCUGGUGGGCUAGAGUUCACUCUUGUGAGAUCUGAUCGUUGCAGUGGUAACCGUGGCAACGCUCAGACCUCGAGAGACGAACCCGCCUGAGCUGCUGGCUAGAGCAGCCCGGUUCCUCUCCUGCCUCCCUCCCCUCCCAGCCGGUGGCCACAUAUCAGUGCCUCUGGGCCAGUGAGGGAGAUCUUUGAUCUCCCCACCGGCCCACGAAGGCACACAGCAGGACUGGCACUCGGAUAGCGGCGGCUCUGCAUGGGCCGGCUGGGGAGAUCCUGUGAUCUCCCCUGCCGGCCUCUGCCCACGGCAAUCGCAGCCCACUGGGCAUUUGCCCGGUAUGCCCAAUGGCCAGUCCGGAUCUGUCUGUGUGUCUGAGUAUCCGCAUUCAAAACCCCAACACUACACACAAGUACACCCCUGCAUUCAAACCUCAACACUACAUAAAAAAACACUCCUGCAUUGAAACGUCAACACUACAUGCAAACACACCUCUGUGUUAAACACCAAAAUUAUAUAAAAACAUACCAAUGCAUUCAAAAACAAACACUACAAAUAAAGGUAUGCUUGCAUUCAAAUGCCAACACCACAUACAAACACACCUCUACAUUCACACAAACAGACUCCAUACAAAACAUGCUUGCAUUCAAACACACAAACACUGCUCGGUACUAAAUACAACUCUGUAAGCAUGGGAAAAUGGUAGAGCCCCAGCUGUCAAAGCAUUGUUGGAGCUGCACGACAUAUGGUGAUCUAUCUUUUGCCCACCAUUGUGAUUGGGGCCCCAAAUAAUUAUUGCACCAUAGCCCAGAGUGCCCUUUAAUAAUAUAAACCCACCCAGUAUAAUCAACUGUACCCUAACCUACACAGUGCACCUAACGUGUUGGAGCCUGUAAAGUUCCUUUAAUGAUAUGAACCCACCCGGUAUAACUAACUGUAACCUAACCUACACAGUGCAUCUAACAACUGUGGGAGCCUGGAGUGUCCCUUUAAUAAUAUAAACCCACCCAGUAUAACUGUAACCUAACCUACACAGUGCACCUAGCAUGUGUGGGAGCCUGGAGUGUCCCUUUAAUAAUAUAAAACCACCCAGUAUAACUAACUGUAACCUAACCUACACAAUGCACCUAACAUGUUUGGGAGCCUGGAGUGUCCCUUUAAUAAUAUAAACUCACCCAGUAUAACUGACUGUAACCUAACCUACACAGUGCACCUAGCAUGUGUGGGAGCCUGGAGUGUCCCUUUAAUAAUAUAAAACCACCCAGUAUAACUAACUGUAAUCUAACCUACACAAUGCAUCUAACAUGUGUGGGAGCCUGGAGUGUCCCUUUAAUAAUAUAAACCCACCCAGUAUAACUAACUGUAACCUAACCUACACAGUGCAUCUGUGUGUGUGAGCCUGGAGUGUUCCUUUAAUAAUAUAAACCCACCCAGUAUAACUAACUGUAACUGAACCUACACAGCGUACCCAAUGUGUGUGGGAUCCCAGCUUGUCCCUUUAAUAAUAUAAACCCACCCUGUAUAACUAACUGUAACCUAACCUGCACAGUGCACCUACCAUGUGUGGGAGCCUGGAGUAUACCUUUAAUAAUAUAAACCCACUCAGUAUAACUAAUUGUAACCUAACCUGCACAGUGCAUCUAACCUGUGCGGGAUCCCAGAUUGUCCCUUUAAUAAUAUAAACCCACCCAGUAUAGCUAACUGUAAUCUAACCUACACAGUGCAUCUAACGUGUGUGGGAGCCUAGGUAUCCCUUAAAUGUUUUAAAAACCCACCUAACAUAACUGUGACCUACUCUGUGCAGUGCACCUAACAGUGUGUCUUUAGAGCUGGUUUGAAAACUGUUUUUAUUGUAUUUUAACUUUUUAAUUUUGUUUCACAGAUCAACCAUUCUGAGAACAACAGGAAUCGGUACAGCGGCUGGCCAUCAGAAAUACAGAUUGAUGGCUGUAUCCCCAAAAACUAAACACCCCAGUUCUGCUCGGGUCCUCGAUUUUAUACCUACUUCAAUUACACGAAGAGAGGGAAAUCAAUGGAAUAAAACUAGACUGACAUCAUGAAUGAAAAUCUUCUGAUUUCAAAGGCUUUAACACUGCAAGAACCUAUUGCUCUUCAGCAAAAUAUUUACAAAAACUCAUUUUCCAUUGAAGAUGGUUAAGGAGAAAAACUAUUUUUAUUCUGUUGUUGGAGGAGCAUUACCUGAGUUUUGGUUGUAUAGCAUGCUGUAUACUGCAGGAGGUUUGAGGGUGAUAUUAUAUUCACUACUGACCAUUCCACAUUAUUUCUGCUAUUAAGUGCAAAUGUCUAGCAUGGUGCAAAAAUGGAAUACAUGAAUAAUGUUUGAUAUGUGCACGUGUACACUAAACUCACUUAUCGAAUGUUACACACAGAUUGAAGUAUUUUCUAUAUUGGCGCCCAUCCACUGCAAAUCCCUCAAUCCCAAAUACGUUAAAAUACUUUAGGUGAAACUUUGUAUCUGCUUCUAAAACUACGUGCUUUGAUUUUGGGCGAGAUGGGUGAUUUGAAAUGUUCAUUUGCUAAACUGGUUUCUUUUGUUUGGAAACUGACAUAGGUAGGCCCAACGCAAGAGUAACCCAUAGGAAAACCGGAACAGUGGGUUGUCUAAGCUUGGUCUGGGUCUGGUGGCAGGAUGAGUGCAGAUAUAGCCAGUUGUUGUCUGAAAACAGCAACACUACCCAACUCAUACAGCAGGGCUCUAGCAUUGGAGUUAAAUAAGUCUUGGGGAUUACUCUAUGCACCCGUUCCUCCUUAUUAUUUACCCCUGUCCCUUGUUAUCCUUCCCAAUACUGUCUCUUAGCACUGUUCCCAGCCCUCCCUCUCUAACUCUCCCUCUCUCUCUUCCCCCUCUCCCUCCUCCUCUCUCAUAUUCUGUUAGUCAGUCAAAAUAUCUGUAUUGCUGAGACGAGUGCAGGUUUAUUUACUAAAGUGAGAAUUCAAAGUGAAUUUUUCACCUUUAAGGUCAAAAAAGCUGAACUGGAAAAACAUUAUCGAAGUUAACUAUGCUUUCACUUUGGCUAGUCUGGCCUUAAAUUUGAAAUUCACUUUGAAUUAAUUUAUUUUGAUGAUGAGAGAGGCUGACAGCACAAGCUUUUUGUGAUGUUACAUUCAGAUAAUAUAAACAUGAAUAUUCCUUUGGUCCAACAGAAAAUUCCAGAGCAUUCGUAUGUGGCAUAUCUUAAUAUGAUCUGUGGCAUGCAGUCAAAUACACAGAGAUACCGUAGAUUAAUUAAAAUAAUGUAUAUAUUAUAUCUCUAUCUGCCCUGUGACUUCAAAAAUUAUAGAUGGGCUUCACCGCUUUUUGUAAAUACAAAUGGGGGUAUGGACAGCUAUUUGUGCAUAUUGGAAAUAAAUAUAACCGCAAACUUCAUAUGUGUGUUAU